UCAUAUCAGUCUGUGUGAAGGGUCGGUCGACAAGGAUCGUGUCAGACUACAAAUGAUGAAACAUCGUGAACGGAACACUACACCGACUCAAAUUCCUAAACCCAACCGCGAGACCGACUCGAUGAUUAUGGCCACCGCUGACUCAGCAGUGAGAAGUUUAUCAGAAGUCGAAAAAUACCUUAACAGCCGGAACGAAAUGGCGGAAAGGAGCAGUGGUGAAGGGAACAGCCUGAACAUUCCGGAGUCGAUGUGUCGAGGCAGCUCGGAGAACAACCUAGAUCUGGAUCUGAGCGGUAUCCCAGACUCCCAACGCUACCUAGACUCCUCCCACCGCAGCUUAGACUCCUCCUACCGCUCCCUGCCCCCCGGACUCAACAGCCUGCAGCAGAAGAUCCUCCGGGUGACUGAAGAGUUGAAGAUUGAGCAGGAGGCUCGCGACGACAAUGUGGCUGAGUACCUGAAAUUGGUGAACAGUGCCGACAAGCAGCAGGUGGGACGCAUCAAGCAGGUGUUUGAGAAGAAGAACCAGAAGUCAGCCCACAGCAUCGCCAACAUGCAGAAGAAGCUGGAGCAGUAUCAUAAGAAGAUGAAGGACAGCAGUGAGAAGGACGCCAGCUCCAAACACCACAGCAGUCCCAAGGAGACCUCCAAGGACAGGCUGAGUCUCACCAUGAGCAACGUGAGCAGCGGUAGUGGACGACACCCCACGGACAAGAUCAAGACUGUAGGGCCUGGUGUCUCACUCUCACCACCAUUCUUCUUCAGCAAGCCCCGGGACUUUGCCAACCUCCUCAGGAAUAAGUUUGGCAGUGCCGACAACAUCGCCCACCUCAAGACCUCCCUGGACACGCCCAAUUCCUUCCGCUGUGAAGGCACUGGGCGGGCCCUGAGCGGCACCAUCGGGGAUGGGAAGACAGCGACCCCCGCCGCCACAACGACCCCCAAGUACACCAGCGACGACGAGUGUUCCUCUGGCACGUCCCUGUCUGCGGACAGCAACGGGAACACCUUGGCUCAUGGGGUUGGCCUGGGUCUAGAAGGGGGUUUGGGGGCUGCAGUGACUCCUGGACAGAGCCUGGAGGUUGGGGACGGCCAGGGGAGGCUUGACCUGACCAUGGAGGAGGUGAGGGAGAUCAGGGAGACUCAGGGGCAGCUGGAGGAGGACAUGGAGACACUCAGGACCCAGUUCAAGAAAGACUACGGUUUCAUCACCCAGACGCUACAGGAGGAAAGAUACAGGUAUGAGCGUUUGGAGGACCAGCUGAAUGAUCUGACAGAGCUCCACCAGGCGGAAACAGCCGACCUGAAACAGGAGCUGGCAAGCAUCGAGGAGAGAGUAGCCUACCAGGCCUACGAGAGAGCCAGGGAUAUACAGGAAGCUCUAGAGUCGUGUCAGACGCGGGUCUCUAAGCUAGAGCUCCAGCAGCAGCAACAACAAACUGUACAGCUCGAGUCCAGUGACGCCAGGGUGCUUCUGGGUAAGAGCAUCAACAUCAUGCUCGCCCUCGUCACCGUGAUCCUCGUGUGCGUCUCCACAGCCGCCAAGUUCGCCGCUCCUCUCCUGAGGAGCCGACGCCACGUGAUGGGCACCUUCCUGGGCAUGUGUCUGCUGGCGCUAUUCUGGAAGAACUGGGAUAAUUUUCAGCGUGCUAUGGAGAGUGUCCUGGUGUCAGCCUAAUGCUGUCCACAACCACACACUGCAACAAAUGAUCUCCGGACGGAUCUCAGAGCGCAGAACAUCAAAAUAGUAUAUUUAUAAGUGAUUAGAACCUACAGUGGUAAGGUUCUACUGUAUACCGUUGGUCCUGGUGCUGCCUGGUGGGGGAGAAUGGAUCUGUCAAAACAUGGUCACUGACUGGUUAAUCUCACCAGGCAGAAUAACACUGAAUAUCAAGUCAAUGUGAGGUGCAAGAACGAACACACAACUAGAACAGACACCAUAACAACAGUCUGCUGAGAAUGUUGUAAUCCUUGAUUCAUGCUGGUUCUCGCAAUGUUAAGUCAUAUCACGAGAAACUACUUCCUGUUCACUCCUAAGAUUUCCAUUGGUCAGAAGAGGAUGAUGCAGUCCACAACGUCACACUGUAAAAAGUGGUCUCCGGACUCAGUCAGAACUCCAUCAGAAUGAUGUAUUUGUAAGUGAUGAAGAUCAGAAGAAGUGGGAUCGAGACUGAUGGUUUUAGACCGGGGACUUGGUUAAACCUCGGUUACUAACUUACUGUUCAUUAUACAAUAGGAUCUCAAUCUCUCUUGUCUCUGAGGGGAUUGGCGGAUUGGUCACGGAACAUAAUCAUCAAGUGUGCACAGUUCUGUUGUCUCAUGGUCGGAGAGGUUCAUCGGUCUUCACGGACACACACACACACACACACACACACACACACACACACACACACACACACACA